GCUUCCUGUCAAAUUCUUGUAGUGGGAUUCCUGUCGUACGCUUCGGCGCCGCCGCCAUGGUGUUCAUUUACUAACGAACGCUUUAAUUAAAAGUCUUUUUUGUAUUUUUUUUUCUGGUAUAAAAUGAUUAAAGCAGUUUGCUGUCUUGUUGGGAGUGUAGAAGGUACAAUUUUCUUUUCUCAAGAGGAGCCAGAUGGUCCUUGCAAAAUAGCAGGUGAAGUAACUGGCUUAACUGAGGGAAAACAUGGCUUUCAUAUUCAUGAGUAUGGAGACUACACAAAUGGAUGUGUAAGUGCAGGGGCACACUACAAUCCAUUCAAGAAACAGCAUGGUUCUCCAGACGAAACUGAGAGACAUAUAGGUGAUCUUGGUAACAUAGAAGCAGAUAUCACAGGGAAAGCAAAAGUMCACAUUAUAGACCAUGUUGCUAGUCUGACUGGACAGUACUCAAUCAUUGGUAGAUCACUAGUGGUGCAUGAAGGUAUUGAUGAUCUUGGAAGAGGAGGCCAUGAACUUAGUCUUACAACUGGUAAUGCUGGAGCACGAUUAGCUUGUGGUGUUAUAGGAAUUACUAAAURAUGGCAGCCAUACUUGAAAAAAUGGAUUUGAUAAACAAGACAAGUGUCAUGUAAAUAAUUGUUUAGUUCUARCUAGUUACUGCCAUUUGCAUUGCUCUAUGACCAGUCCAGAUACAACUACUCCACUGCAAUUUACAAUAGACUGCUGUCAAUCAACUAAAGUGAUUUGGCAAUAGCCACUGGAACCAUUGUGAAUAGGCAAAUACAUGUAUGGAUUAUAAUUAUAUCAUUUACUUAUCAUUUACAACAAAAAUAUUAUUGUAUAUUUUCUUUCUUAUCAAGAUUUUUAAACCCCUUUGGAGAUUAUCAUAGAAUAGGGAUAACUACAUUACAAAAGUAAGCAUUCCUAUCUAGGUAAUAUGUGAUGACAUUAUGGAAAUCACCAAUUGUGUCGGCUAGUCACGUAGCAAAUGACAGUAAAGAGUAAAGAGAUGGCAGUUUUCAUAAGAAUUGCAAUACUACAGUCUAGGUGUGUAUUGUUGUGAAAAGAGUACCARUAAAACAUCUUAAUAAAACAAUUAUAACUGCUAGGUCUUCUUGGAGCAACAAUUGCUCCAAGAUUGGCAAAAAGUUUGUUGCUGAACAUUAACAUCUGAAAAAGAGUUAAAAUUUGAGAAAAUAAAUUUAUGGUGAAGUUUGAAGAACUUGAGUGACAAAGCUACAUAAAGAACUCCCCUUGGAGAUUAAGGACAGCUAUCACUAAAUAAGCAGUCUUCAAGUCAUUGAAUGACCAAUCUUUUAAAAUUAUUUUUACUUUUUCAUACAAGCAGCACAUAAGCAAUAUUAGGAAAUUACAUCAACCAUGGUUGACACAGUGUUUUACCCUUUGGUUGUCUUGUUUGAUGGUUUGAUAGUUUAUGUAAUUAAUGAUAGUGGCAAUUUUAUAACACACAGCCAGUGUUUCAUUUUCUCUUACAGACUUUUAACAUAUCAGCUGUGAUACUGUAUCAUAUUUAUUGACUAAUUGUAUUUACAUUACAAAUAAAGAUGAACAGUCACUAAGA